UCGAGGCGAAAAUGCCACUGUGUUGUUUUGCUUUCCCUUGAAAAUGCAGUCCUAAUUUUUCCAUAAAUUUUCCAAGAUUUUCCAGUUUUUUCUGGACAAAUUUGAUUGCAAAGUGUUCUUCAAACUUGGCAGCUUGUUUACUGCUAAAUAGUUUCUGUGGAAUUCGUGUUUCUGGUCCCUAAAUCAGCAUUGAAAAUCGCUGGUGAAAAAGGUGAUAGUCUGGGAAGAAGGGUGAGAAGAAGAAGAACGCGGGCAAAUAGAGAAAAAUUUUCCUAGAAAUAAGUGCACAAUAUUCCGAAUAGUAUAUUGUAACACGUAUUGAAAAUGGCUCCACAACCUUUGGAGCAGGGUGGAGCCGUGGCCAGUUUCAUUCCAACUGGUCAGGAAAUGGCUCAGCGGCAGAAUUUGAUUCCCCUUGGAAGAUUGAUCGAUUUUAUCAUCCAAAGAACCUAUCAUGAGUUAACGGUUCUUGCGGAACUCUUACCCCGAAAAACUGAUCUGGAACGUAAAAUAGAAAUUUACAACUUUUCUGCCAGCACCCGGCAGCUGUUCAUCCGUCUGCUUGCGCUCGUAAAAUGGGCAAACUCGGCAUCGAAGGUGGACAAAUCGGCCAAAAUUAUGGCCUUUCUGGAUAAACAGUCCCUGUUGUUCAUAGACACGGCCGAUAUGCUUUCCCGAAUGGCACGCGAAACUCUGGUCAACGCACGGCUGCCCAAUUUUCACAUCCCUGCGGCUGUGGAAAUUCUGACAACCGGAUCUUACUCUCGAUUGCCUUCGAUCAUUCGGGAGAGAAUCGUUCCUCCGGAUCCGAUCACUCCGUUAGAGAAACGUCAGACGCUACAACGCUUGAACCAAGUUAUCCAACACCGGUUGGUUACGGGAAAUCUGCUGCCGCAGUUGAGAAAGUUCAAAAUCGAAAAUGGUCGGGUCACUUUCAAAGUUGAUCAUGAGUUUGAAGUAUCACUUACCGUUAUGGGAGAUGGUCCAACCAUCCCAUGGAGAUUGUUGGAUAUCGAUAUCCUCGUCGAAGAUAAAGAAACUGGGGACGGAAAAGCACUGGUUCAUACUUUGCAAGUAAACUACAUACAUCAGCUGAUCCAGGGUCGUAUAGUGGACAGCAGCGAUGCACUAGCUGAGGUUUACACGUGCUUGCAUUACUUUGCACAAUCGCUACAACUGGAGGUUCUUUAUACCCAGACACUUCGACUGAUGCGUGAUCGCCUUGAUGAUCACAUUCACGUUGAUGAGUACAUCCCUGGCACGAAACUUACUGUCUCUUACUGGCGAGAGCUGACCAACAAAGACCCGAAAUCAGAACUCGGUUAUCGAUUGAUGAUCCAAGCUGACCAGAAUGAUUCCGCCAAACAGUUGGCUAUUUUACAUAUGCCCUCGAUUGGUAAUAAAGAAGUUGACAUUGCAGACCGUGCUGUUCGAUCUGAUCUUCUUUCAAUGGAACGUUUGCUGGUGCACACGGUUUACGUGCGCUCCCUAGCACGGUUGAAUGAUCUAAAAACGGAACUUCAACUGUUCCUGAAAGACGUCGACUACAACAUUUCUGGUACACCAGCCAUGUUGACGGUACCGGUUUUGAAUCCAUGCCUGCGGGCUGAACAGAUCCACAUUACCGUAGACACCCACACCGGUAUGCUACGUUGUCACGUUCCGAAGCACCUCGGAUGUCCAAUAAUGCCCGAGAUGCAAGUAGCAUUGAACAAUGAUCGUUCGAAGUUGCAAACGUUGUUCUCGGAGCUGCGCUACUGGAUCACUAAACGGCGCUGUGAAAAGACAUUACAACACCUGCCGGCCACAACACAGGAACGGCUCCCAUUGGUAUUCCCACCGGAUCAUCCGAUCGAUCAAAUUGGGCCCCACAAGGUUUACAUUCAGCUUUACCGCCAUUCGAAUGUUAUUUUGAUUGUUGAGCUCAAGGAAAAAACCGGCAAUCCGAACGAAAUGACUUACACUUUCUAUUUGGUGCUGGUGAAACCGUCCUCGGUCGAGGAUAGCCAAUCGGCAGGUCAAGAUCCCGAACCCAGUAGCUCCGUAUCCCUAAGCCAAUCCGGCCCUGGUUCGGUACCACCCGGUGGGCCUCCUAGUGUUCCUGGAAUGGGAGCCACCAGCCAAGCACCGGCUGCUGCUGCUCCUGCUGCGGUCAACGCUGAAAGCAACGAUGGAAUGCCUAAAAUGUACUUGAAGGUGUUGUCGUUGAUAGAGUUCGAUACCUUUGUGGCCACCCAUGGACCAGGAACUUACGUAGAUGAACAGACCAUCGGAUUGAAGCGCAAGAUUGGUGGGCUCGAAGGACCACCCAAUAAGCAACAGAAAUCCAUUUAUCCAGCAUACUUUAUCCCGGAAUUGGCUCACGUCGUAGCCAUGUGUGACGAGAAGCUUCCAUUCGUGGCGCUUGCUAAGGAAUUGACUAAGCGUCGGAUUCCACAUGGUGGUCUACAGGUGGAAGCCAAUGCUACUUCGUUGGUAUUGAAAUUACUGACGCUGCCUCAACCGAAGCCUCCUGUUGUGCAGGUUCCAGCUACUCCUCAAAGUGGUACUGAUCUAAAAUCAACGGAACAGAAAACCGUCAACGUGCCCAGAAUCGAAAAGGAUGUUUGGAAUGCUUUAUUGAAGAGAUUGUUAUCGGUUUCUGUAAGAGCUCAAGUUAAUAAGGGCAAUCAAACACGGUUGUGGACUACGGAAUUGGUGUUCUAUGGAACACCCUUGCCUAGUACUCAUCAUAAAGAGCAAGGUAUGCGUCGAGCGGUUUAUUUACAGUAUGAUAUGCUACCGGUGGAAUCCGUGGACAAGGUAGUCGAUAUGAUUUUGAAUGAUUGGUCCAAAAUAGUCUAUUUGUACACGCUGGUACAUGAUUUCCGCGAACAAAUAAAAAAUGACAAAUACAAUCUACACAACAUCGUUACAAUCAAAUCAUACAGUUACACCAGUUUGCUUUUGGCUUAUGGGCCAAACAAGGAAGUUAAUGUCAAUAUCUACUGGGACAUAGAGGCUAAGGAAUUCAAGAUGGUGUUUACUGGUGGAAAUAACGCUAUAAAUGCUCAUUCGAUGAUGAGGGACCAACUACAAGCUCAUUUGAACCAUAAUUACGAUCUAGCGCAGAUCGUCCACUUGUUGCAUGAAACCUACCAACCGUUGAGCUCUAUUGCGAAGUUGCCAAUAAUCCCGCAUCUAGCCAUCCUACAAUCGCCAAAAAUACCUGUGCUUUCAUUUUGCAUCAUUCCACAAUCACCAACCUUGCUCAGGAUUUCCUUUCAAGGUGUUUAUUGCUUGGAAAUACGUUUACGAGGCAGUGGCCUUUGUUCCAUUCGAGAUGGAGCCUACAUAACGGCCUUCCAGAUCGUCGUCCAUUCUGUGCAUGCGGAUUUGGUAGCGUGCAAGAAAUUGAGAUUGCUGGGCACCAUCUGGUUUCCAGAUGCCAUUUAG